AUGACGUCUCAAGAGUUCCAAGUGUUGGUAGCUCAAGCAAGGAGCGAGGCUGAUAACCCGGCGUUCAGGGCGUAUUUCCCAAUGUACGUUUGUAUAGGACGAAAGGCUCGUCGUUGA